CCACCAUACUGCAUUUACUUUGUCGUUGCCCUGUUCGAUACCCUGAUAGAUUCUGUUCAACAUGUCGGCCGCACAGCUUCUCAAUCCGAAGGCCGAGUCGAGGCGGCGCGGGGAAGCUCUUCGAGUGAACAUCUCAGCCGGCGAGGGACUGCAACAAGUGCUUGCUUCCAACCUGGGGCCCCGCGGUACGCUCAAGAUGCUCGUUGAUGGUGCUGGAGCUAUCAAACUUACCAAAGAUGGAAGCGUUCUGCUCAAGGAGAUGCAAAUUCAAAACCCCACAGCAGUCAUGAUUGCGCGAGCAGCAACGGCACAAGACGAUAUGACAGGCGAUGGGACAACGUCGGUAGUACUGUUGGUGGGAGAACUGCUAAAGCAGGCCGAUCGAUACAUCUCCGAGGGCCUUCACCCGCGAGUUAUAACAGACGGCUACGAUAUUGCGAAAACAGAGACACUGAAGUUCCUCGACGAGUUCAAACUCGAGAAGGAGGUCGACCGAGAGCUUCUCCUUUCCGUCGCCCGGACGUCACUAUCAACAAAGCUCGACAGCUCGCUCGCAGAACAGUUGACGCCCGAUAUCGUGGACGCCGUCCUUGCAAUCUACCAAGCGCCUGCGAAGCCAGAUCUACACAUGGUUGAGAUAAUGACCAUGCAACACCGCACCGCAGCAGACACGCAACUCAUUCGAGGACUCGCCCUUGACCACGGUGCGAGGCAUCCUGACAUGCCGAAGAGAGUCGAGAAUGCAUACAUUUUGACACUCAAUGUCAGCCUGGAGUACGAGAAGUCGGAGAUCAACUCUGGUUUCUACUACUCGAGUGCAGAACAGAGGGAGAAACUUGUCGAGAGCGAGCGACGUUUCGUCGAUGACAAGCUCAGGAAGAUCGUGGAGCUAAAGAAGGAAGUCUGCGGUGACGAUCCCAAGAAGGGGUUUGUGAUAAUAAAUCAGAAAGGCAUCGACCCUCUGAGCUUGGAUGUGCUUGUCAAGAACGGCAUCUUUGCGCUGAGGAGAGCAAAGAGGAGAAACAUGGAGCGCUUGCAGCUCGUGUGUGGUGGAACUUCACAGAACAGUGUGGACGACAUGACACCAGACGUCCUCGGUUGGGCUGGUCUCGUCUACGAGCACCAACUCGGCGAGGAGAAGUAUACAUUUGUUGAAGACGUGAAGGAGCCCAAGUCAGUUACGCUACUCAUCAAGGGCCCCAACUCGCACACCAUCUCUCAAAUCAAGGACGCGGUCCGCGACGGCUUGCGGAGUGUCUACAACAUGAUUGUUGAUGGGAGCGUAGUCCCAGGAGGGGGGGCGUUCCAGGUCGCGUGUGCUGCCCAUCUCGAAAGCGAGCAAUUCAAAAAGACAGUAAAGGGCAAAGCAAAGUGGGGUGUAUCAGCCUUCGCCGAUGCGCUGCUCGUCAUCCCCAAGACGUUAGCCGCCAACUCUGGUCACGACAUCCAGGAUUCAUUGGCUGCGCUACAAGACGAACAUGCUGAGGGCAAUGUUGUUGGUCUAAAUUUGGCGACCGGAGAAGCGAUGGACCCUACGCAGGAAGGUGUUUACGAUUCGUUCCGGGUGCUCCGCAACUGCAUCGCGUCGGCUACCGGCAUCGCGUCCAAUCUGCUAUUAUGCGAUGAGAUGCUAAAGGCACGGCAAAUGGGACGUCAGCCGGGACCAGGAGGCGAAGAGCAAUAAUGACAUGGACAGUGACAUGGAGACGAUUUCUCGCGGCGGCAUUGCUGAAGGUGAGUUUUGCGCACGCGAGGCUUGACACCUUCUGGGAAAACAGCUCACGGAAGAUGAUGUGCAAGUGCUAUAUAUGAUCAGCCCUGUCAAGAUAGAUCAAAAAAACACAACCUAUGGUUCAGGCCUUUGGCACAGUAUGUGCGUGCUCAAUAAUGGACGGUUGUCAAC